ACAAAAGAAUUACUUUCAUUAAAUUUAUUAACAAAAUCAAACAAAAUCAACAAGAUACUAACAAAGAACCUAAAAAUGACCAACUAAACCAAGAACAAAAACAAGAUCCAAAAGAAAAACAAUUAAAUGAUCAACUUAAUGAUGAUAAACUAAAACAGAAACAGGAUCAAAAACACUAA